AUGGGUUCCUAUUUAAUCAAAGGAGGCAACGUUCUCAUCUUCACCGAUGAGAAAAAGGCCACGUUCCCACAGCUCGACAUCCUUGUCGAAGGCCAACAAAUCUCCAAGAUCGGAUCAAAUCUCUCAGUCGAUGCUGCUGAGGCAUCGACGGAAGUCAUCGACGCUUCCGGAUACAUUGUGACACCAGGCUUUAUCGACGGUCACCGCCAUGUAUUUCAAUCCCAACUCCGCUCGACCGUCAGUGACCACUCGUUAUUGGGAUACGGCGCACACCUAUUGCUAGGGCGCAUGGUCUUCCUCGAUGCAGAAGAUAUGUAUCUGUCCCAGCUCGCCGGUGCUGUCGAGGCUAUAUCAUGCGGUGUCACGACCGUCAUGGACCAUUCACACGUGGUGACAUCUCCAGAGCAUGCCCGACGCUGUAUCAAAGCUACACUCGAAUCAGGGAUCCGAAGUAUCUAUUGCAUGUCACCGUUUGGCAUCCCAAUCUCAGUCAACCCGCUCACAUUUCCCGACAUGGCGACCCAGCACGCAGGCCAAGUGGAGCUCUUCAAGAGUCUUUCAGCCGAAAAACCACUCGGCGGACCGGUGGACAACGACGGUCGCCUCACACUGGGCCUCGGCCUCGACACCGUGCAUCAAAUACCUGUCGGAGAAAGCAAGGACAUCCUCACAUAUGCUAAAGAACACAGUAUCCCAGUGACCAUGCACGACGUCAUCCGCUUUGCUUUACCCGCGAUGAAAUUCCUACGUGAGCACCCUAUGCCGUCCCUGCCUAGCCUCACGCUCUCUCACGCCUGUGAACCUGACGCGGAAAUCUUGUCAUUUGUGAAAGAUCACAAGAUCGGCAUCGUCAGCACGCCCGAGUCCGAAAUGGCAAUGGGCCACGGCCAGCCGUCAGCCUUUGACUUCUAUCGCUUUGGUAUUGCGACAGGCCUCGGGAUCGAUUCCCCCGCUAUAUGUAGCGGCGAUUUGUUUACGGUGAUGCGCCUUGCAUUACAAGAACGGCGAAUGCUCGAGAAUAGCAAUACUCACUCGCGCGGGAAGAUCCCUGAGAGCCUGAAAGCGACGACAAGCGAUGUCCUGUAUAUGGCGACUCUGGGAGGGGCCGAGGCGAUCCAUAUGGAAAAAGAAAUCGGGAGUCUGGAAGUUGGGAAGAAAGCGGAUAUCGUGUUGAUACGCACAGAUGGGCCAUCGAUGGUGUCGAGUGUUGACUUUGGGGGGGCGUUGGUCACGCAUUGCUCGGCGGCGGAUGUUGAUACGGUCUUGGUCAAUGGCGAGAUCGUGAAGAGAGAAGGUAAGCUGCUGAGAGUCGAUUGGGAUGGUUUGAAAGACCAGUUAAGACAGAAUCGGGCUAUACUGGAAGAGCGGUGGAAGCAUGUUGAUUGGGAAAGAAAUCAGGAAGAGCUGAAGAAUCUUUGGGGCCUACAACCCAUUCUCGAAUGA